AUGGCAUUCGUGUACGUGCUCUCUCGGACCGACGCCGGUGAAAUCCUGACGGCCGCCGACCUCGAGCUCCUCUCGCUGAGCACGAUAUUUUCAUUUCUUAUCCUCUCCAUCAUAGUGCUGAUCGAUAUCCGGUUAUUCUCACGCCAGAAACCAGCGCGGUUAUCGCUACCAUUCGUAUUGCUCGACAAUGUGUUAAAAAUUACGGAAUUCAUCUGCCUCCAGCUCUAUAAUAUUGGUAUUACAUUCAGCGGGAAACGCUGUAUCUUGUUCGAGGCCCCAAUGGAAUAUUUUGUGCCGUGGAAUGGGGCGUUGCUGUUCACUGCUUGGAACAUGAUUGUGGCCACAAUAUGGCAUGUUUUCUACUACUUAAUCGUGCCGAUAAACCUUACCUGCGUUGUCGAAAGGCUGAUGGUUACGCUGUACUAUCGACGCUACGAAACGAUGCGCCCGUGGCCGAUCUUUGUCUUUCUGAGCGGGACCACGGCAAGAAAUCGA